CGCGAAUGUAUACUUCAUCGUAUAAAGUAUUUCCCCUUGCUAUGACCACUCCCUCUUUCUUUCCGGUUAUAUACCUUAAUUAGUUGAUUGACGGAGCUCCGUACAUCUCUACAGAAAUACCCAUUCAAUAUGCGUUACGUAGCCGCCUACCUUCUAGCCUCUCUAGGCAACAAUAACGUCACUGAGGAUGAUAUCAAGAAGAUUCUUUCCUCUGCCGGUGUUGAUGUUGAUGAGGCGAAGCUUUCGUCAGUGUUCAAGGAACUUGAUGGCAAGUCUCUUGAGGAUGUCCUAGCUGCUGGACACCAGAAGCUCGCUUCCGUACCAAGCGGAGGAGGUGGUGGUGCCCCCGCUGCCGGUGGUGCCCCCGCUGCUGCUGGUGGUGCCGCUGAGGCCAAGGCGCCCGAGCCUGAGCCUGAGGAAGAGUCCGAAGAGGAGGAUAUGGGUUUCGGUCUUUUCGAUUAAAUUCAACAUAAUUUAAAAAAUAAAACUGAUCCUGUACAGUAAUUGGAAGUAGCAUGCUAUUCGAACAAGUGCGCCUAGGGGUGAUUAAAUCGCCUGAGUCGUUGCUUCCGUCAAUAAACUGUAAUAUAAUUA